AUGCUCACCCGCCAUACAUCUCGGGCGCUUCUCUGCUCGUCCAUCGCCCCUCGCCUCGGCAGACUCGCAGGCCCCUCCGCAUCCACCCGCUUCCCAAGCUUAAAGGCCGUUGCCCAGCGCUCUUUUAACCGUCGAGACCUCCAUUCCACCCCUGCUAUCUGCAAAGGCAUCCAGCCCGACUCGUCCGACCCUCAGCCCCCGCACCCACAGUCGUCCAAUCCCGGCGGAGCUCCCUCCCACGUCUCCGAACCUUCGCCUUUAUCGAAGCAGCGCUACCAUGAGUAUGCCGAGCACUACUUGAACGUCGUGCUCACUGAGAUCGAAGAUCUCCCAGAGGAUGGACCGGAAAUGGAAGCUGAAUACCACGCCGGUAUUCUCAACGUCACCGUCGGCGGCGUCGGAACAUAUGUUCUCAACAAACAACCAGCUCUCCACCAGAUCUGGCUUAGCUCCCCGAUUUCAGGGCCAAGGCAAUUCGACUGGAUUAUGGAGGGAGACCAAAUGCACGAGAAGCAGGACACGCGGCCGGUUAAUGGGCAGUGGGUGUGCUUGAGGGACGACUCGAACCUGACGGACCUGUUGAACGGGGAGUUGGGUUUGAGCCUACCGAAGGAUUUUUAUAGCGAGGCUGAUUAG